UUACCAAAGUAACAGGUGCUCUUCUUAUAUGGUUGACAAUAACAUAAGUGAAAGUUUCAAUCUAAUUUAGUAAAUGCAAGGUACAAGCCUAUUAUAAGCAUGUUAGAAGAUAUUAGAGAGAUGGUGAUGCUUAGGAUUAAAGAUAGAAAAAAUUUAUGUGACAGAUGGAUUGGUGAAUGGUCACCUGCUGCUAUGAAAACUUAUCUUGAAGCCAAAGAGUGGGCAGUUGGGUGUAGGGUUCUUUGGAAUGGUGAGUUUGGCUAUGAGGUUGGAGAGGGUAAAGAUAAGCAUACUGUAUUUCUAGAUAAGAAGUUCUGCACUUGUAGGAGGUGGGAACUGACUGGAAUUCCAUGUUGUCAUGCCAUAGCUGCCAUGUGUUUUUCCGAAAUUGAUCCCAUGUCAAUGAUUUUAAAUUGGUAUCACAAAUCUAUGUAUCAAAAGGCUUAUGAGUAUACAAUCAAACCUGUCCCUGGAGUAAAGUUCUUUAAGAAAGAACUUCAUGCACCAAUUGAACCUCCACCUUGGGAGAAGAUGACUGGGAGACCUAGGAAGAACAGGAUACGUGCCCAAAAUGAACCAUCAUCAAGUACUCGCCUCUCUAGGAAAGGGCAGAUACAACGGUGUAGCAUUUGCAAGGAUACUGGUCACAAAAAGACCUUUUGUCCAACCACACUCUCUCAGGUAAUUGGAAAGUCACAAUCUUCUACAUCAACAAGACCUACGAAAAUGCCUGUACGUAGGAAGACUGUUGGAAUUGGAUGUCAUGUGAAUUUAAGCACUGGUCUAUUUACCUAGAUUAUCUUCUCAAAUGGUAGUUAUAGAGGGUGAGCAUUCUACUCCUCACAACAAUGAUCCAAUCAUUCGAGGUGCAAUACCGAACGAGAGAGAGAUAAGGUAAAGCAAAAGACCACUAAGAAACAUAAAUUUUAGUGGGGAGGGAUCGGAAGUGAGAUAACCAACAUCAUUGCCAUUCAAACCGCAUGGGUUGACGUGGAAUGAAGCACCCUCUGUUACAACAAGACAACUUUUGGAGCAACGAAGAAGGAAAUCAAGAAGAGGCAAUGAAGAAGAUCCAAAUAGGAACAAGUGCUUCUACUACCACCAAGAGUUGAAAUGGAUAUGCUGCUACACAAAUUGUUUGGUGUUCUAUUUAUGCUUUUGUUGCUAGGAAGAGUGAACUUCCAUCAAAAGUGGCUAUUGUGCUUAGGAAGAAUGAACUUUCAUUUUUUUGAUGGAUAUUAAGAUUUUUGAGAUUGUUAUUGCAUCUAUUAACGUUGGAGCUCAUAUGGAUAUGAAAUAUUUAAUUUUUUUG